AUGGGAAGGAGAAGGACCGCAGUCUGGAAGGACAAUCUAUCUCGCAGGAAGGACAAUCUAUCUCGCAGGAAGGACAAUCAAUCUCGCAGGAAGGACAAUCUAUCUCGCAGGAAGGACAAUCUAUCUCGCAGGAAGGAAAUUCAAUCUCGCAGGAAGGACAAUCAAUCUCGCAGGAAGAACAAUCUAUCUCGCAGGAAGGACAAUCAAUCUCGCAGGAAGGACAAUCAAUCUCGCAGGAAGGACAAUCUAUCUCGCAGGAAGGACAAUCUAUCUCGCAGGAAGGACAAUCAAUCUCGCAGGAAGGACAAUCAAUCUCGCAGGAAGGACAAUCUAUCUCGCAGGAAGGACAAUCUAUCUCGCAGGAAGGACACACAAUCUCGCAGGAAGAACAAUCAAUCUCGCAGGAAGGACAAUCAAUCUCGCAGGAAAAACAAUCAAUCUCGCAGGAAGGACAAUCAAUCUCGCAGAAAGGACAAUCUAUCUCGCAGGAAGAACAAUCUAUCUCGCAGGAAGGACAAUCUAUCUGCCAGGAAGGACAAUCUAUCUCGCAGGACGGACAAUCUAUCUCGCAGGAAGGACAAUCAAUCUCGCAGGAAGGACAAUCUAUCUCGCAGGAAGGACAAUAUAUCUCGCAGGAAGGACAAUCUAUCUCGCAGGAAGGACAAUCUAUCUCGCAGUAAGGACAAUCAAUCUCGCAGGAAGGACAAUAUAUCUCGCAGGAAGGACAAUCUAUCUCGCAGGAAGGACAAUCUAUCUCGCAGGAAGGACAAUCUAUCUUGCAGUAAGGACAAUAUAUCUCGCAGGAAGGACAAUCUAUCUCGCAGGAAGGACAAUCUAUCUCGCAGGAAGGACAAUCUAUAUCGCAGGAAGGACAAUCAAUCUCGCAGGAAGGACAAUCAAUCUCGCAGGAUGGACAAUCUAUCUCGCAGGGAGAACAAUCAAUCUCACAGGAAGGACACUCAAUCUCGCAGGAAGGACAAUCAAUCUCGCAGGAAGAACAAUCAAUCUCGCAGGAAGGACAAUCUAUCUGGCAGGAAGGACAAUCUAUCUGGCAGGAAGGACAAUCUAUCUAGCAGGAAGGACAAUCUAUCUCGCAGGAAGGAAAAUCUAUCUUGCAGGAAGGACAAUCUAUCUCGCAGGAAGAACAAUCAAUCUCGCAGGAAGGACAAUCUAUCUCGCAGGAAGGACAAUCAAUCUCGCAGGAAGGACAAUCAAUCUCGCAGGAAGGACAAUCUAUCUCGCAGGAAGGACAAUCUAUCUCGCAGGAAGGACAAUCAAUUUCGCAGGAAGGACAAUCAAUCUCGCAGGAAAGACAAUCUAUCUCGCAGGAAGGACAAUCUAUCUCGCAGGAUGGACAAUCUAUCUCGCAGGAAGAACAAUCAAUCUCACAGGAAGGACACUCAAUCUCGCAGGAAGGACAAUCAAUCUCGCAGGAAGAACAAUCAAUCUCGCAGGAAGGACAAUCAAUCUCACAGGAAGGACAAUCAAUCUCGCAGGAAGGACAAUCUAUCUCGCAGGAAGGACAAUCUAUCUAGCAGGAAGGACAAUCUAUCUCGCAGGAAGGACAAUCUAUCUCGCAGGAAGGAAAAUCUAUCUCGCAGGAAGGACAAUCAAUCUCGCAGGAAGGACAAUCAAUCUCGCAGGAAGGACAAUCUAUCUCACAGGAAGGACAAUCUAUCUCACAGGAAGGACAAUCUAUCUCGCAGGAAGGACAAUCUGUCUCGCAGGAAGAACAAUCAAUCUCGCAGGAAGGACAAUCAAUCUCGCAGGAAGGACAAUCAAUCUCACAGGAAGAACAAUCAAUCUCGCAGGAAGGACAAUCAAUCUCACAGGAAGGACAAUCUAUCUCACAGGAAGGACAAUCUAUCUCACAGGAAGAGCGGGGACCCUCGCCACCGACUCCGGACAGCGGGCCCCAGACAGGAGGGCGACUCUGGCAGCUCCAGACAGGGGAGUGACUCUGGCAACUCCGGACAGGGGAGCGACUCUGGCAACUCCGGACAGGGGAGCGACUCUGGCAGCUCCGGACAGGAGGGCGACCCUGGCAGCUCUGGACAGGAGGGCGACUCUGACCUGUCAACGUCCACCUUGCCCUCUAUGGAAGUAACCCGCCAAGAGGCAGCAGAGAUUCCUCAGGAACCAGAGCAGGAGGAGGUGCUCCCGGAGGUAGCUACGCCCAGCCUGAAGGAGGUGGAGGACGCCGUGCAGGAGGCCUCGGAGUCGGGGGUCGAGGAGGUGCUGAAGGAGCUGUUAGAGAGGGUGGUGGAGGCCGCCAUGGGGGAGGUGCUGAAGGAGGCACAAGGGGAGGUGAAGGAGGACCUGGUUGAAAUGGAGGUUGGAGGAGAAGGGGAGGCCACUGAAGCUGUGUCUGUAGAGGAGGAGGCGGGGGGAGAGGAGGUGCUGGGAGAGACAGCAGCUGAGUCUGAGGAGGAGAGUAUAGCAGAGGAGGUGGAAGAUCAACUAGUGGAGGCCCCUGUUUUUCCCCUCACUGGGGGAGAGGUUGUGGAGGAAACUACCCUCCCAGAAGAGGAGGAGGAGGAAAUUACCCCCCCAGAAGAGGAGGAGGAGGAAACUACCCUCCCAGAAGAGGAGGAGGAGGAAACUACCCUCCCAGAAGGGAAGGAGGAAACUACCCUCCCAGAAGAGGAGAAGUGCUGCUGGACCCAGGUGAGAGCUCCAUGA